UCUAUUUAAAGUGUUUUUUCUCCAAUUGGUGCCAUGCAUACACCAUUCUCAGCUCUCAGCUCUGUUGUGAUGUUGUCCGAGCAACCGUCACCUCCGACGCUGCGGCUGCCGCCACCACCUCCACAACCGACACCGGCUGAGAUCGGAAUCGUGAUGGAUGAUUUCUCGAGCGAAUCAUCCGAAUACUCGUAUGUUUCGAGUGUUUCGAGUGAUUCGGAUUCGGAUUUGGAGUUGGAAUCGGAGGUGAAGAAGCAAAAGCUUAAUGAGGAGGAGGGGAAAGGGGAUGAUGAUUCGAGCGACUCCAAAAAAUUGGAUCCUUUACCAAUGACGCCUGAUAUGGAAGAUUCAGAUUCAGAUGAUCAGUUUGUGUUUGACGAUGAUGGCUGGAAGAAGUAUUCUCAACAGCUACAAGAAAGCGAGGGAUUUGACAUUAAAGAUUAUCCUGGUGCGGAUCCAAGGGUUACCAUAUUCCCUAGGCCAAACUACUUGGAAUGUCCUAAUAAUGUUAAAAUGAUGAAGUAUUAUGCUGCACAGGCACUUAAGCUGUACAAUCAGAAAUUUGAGACACUAUAUGAGGUCAAUGACAUUCUCAAGGUUAAUGGAGAUGACUGCGGCAUGUACGAUGUUUACUAUAUUACCUUUACGGUUACAAAUGGAGAGAAGGAAUAUUUUCAAGCUAAGGUGGUGGAACGUUUAGGUAGAUUUUUGCGUAUCUCAAUCAUUAGGCCAAGGGCGAAUGGAGCUUCUGGCAUAUAGUGGAUGUGAAGUCUGUGCAUCAUUUUGCCCCGGGUUCAAGCUUUAGUUUUGCGUUUACAGCUCUUGUCAAUGUUGGACACUGUUUCUAGUAAAUUGUGCCUUUAUUUUAAGUUAGUUUGUCGUUGCUGGUAAUUGAAAGUGGUGGGAUUAUCUAUCUAUGUCUAGCGUAAAAAGGAGGAAGAACAACUGUGUCUGAACUUUGUUAUGACUUACGGAAUUAAGUUUAAGAUAAUUUUAAUGUGAUGUUUUAUU